CCGGUUUGUCAUUAGGGCCAGUUGGGGUGGGGUCUUCUCUCCUGCCUCGCCUCUCUGUCGGCCUGCCACUCUGCCUGGUGGCCUAUAGUGAAGAGAUGUCCUGUGCCACUUUCUUGCUCAUUUAAGCUGGCUCUGAGAAUGCUAGGAGUAAAGAAAAGGGGCAAGCGAGUCAGCCCACCUUCUCCUCCCCAAGAGGAGCUUGGCAAAGAAGGAACAGGACAGAGGGCUCGAUGGAGAUGGGUAGGGAACAACCAGAACAGGAGGAGGCAAGGUGCUCCUUGCUCCAGCUCCUCCAAGCUGGAGAAGUCUGUGGAACCAACAGAUCCCGAGCGGAGCAGCCCCCCCAUGCUGUCUGCCGACGAUGCCGAGUACCCGCGGGAGUACCGGACCCUGGGGGGCGGGGGCGGCGGGAGCGGCGGGGGCCGGCGCUUCUCCAACGUGGGGCUGGUGCACACGUCCGAGCGGCGGCACACGGUGAUCGCCGCCCAGAGCCUGGAGGCGCUCAGCGGACUCCAGAAGGCGGAUGCCGACCGCAAGCGCGACGCCUUCAUGGACCACCUGAAGAGCAAGUACCCCCAGCACGCCCUGGCCCUCCGUGGCCAGCAGGACAGGAUGCGAGAGCAGCCAAACUACUGGAGUUUCAAGACCCGCAGCUCACGCCACACUCAGGGAGCCCAGCCCGGGCUGGCAGACCAGGCAGCCAAGCUGUCCUACGCUUCGGCUGAGUCGCUGGAGACCAUGUCUGAGGCUGAGCUGCCCCUGGGCUUCAGUAGGAUGAACCGCUUCCGGCAGAGCCUGCCCCUCUCCCGGUCAGCAAGCCAGACCAAGCUGCGCUCGCCAGGGGUGCUGUUCCUGCAGUUCGGGGAGGAGACGCGGCGCGUGCACAUCACGCACGAGGUCAGCAGCCUCGACACGCUGCACGCACUCAUCGCGCACAUGUUCCCGCAGAAGCUCACCAUGGGCAUGCUUAAGUCGCCCAACACCGCCAUCCUCAUCAAAGACGAGGCUCGCAACGUCUUCUACGAGCUGGAGGACGUCCGGGACAUCCAGGACCGCAGUAUUAUCAAGAUCUAUAGGAAGGAGCCACUCUACGCUGCUUUCCCUGGCUCACACCUCACCAACGGGGACCUCCGGAGAGAGAUGGUAUAUGCAUCACGGGAGUCGUCGCCCACACGGCGCCUCAACAACCUGUCGCCAGCGCCUCACCUGGCAUCCAGCUCGCCGCCGCCAGGGCUACCGUCGGGGCUGCCGUCGGGUCUGCCGUCGGGUCUGCCGUCGGGACUCCCGUCAGGGCUCCCGUCGGGCUCGCCGUCGCGCUCGCGCCUUUCCUAUGCUGGAGGGCGCCCUCCUUCCUAUGCUGGCAGCCCUGUGCACCACGCGGCAGAGCGGCUGGGAGGCGCCCCCGCCUCCCAGGGCGUCAGCCCCAGCCCCAGCGCCAUCCUGGAGCGGCGCGACGUGAAGCCAGACGAGGACCUGGCGGGCAAGGCGGGCGGCAUGGUGCUGGUGAAGGGCGAGGGCCUCUAUGCCGACCCCUAUGGACUGCUCCACGAGGGCCGCCUGAGCCUGGCCGCGGCCGCCGGCGACCCGUUCGCCUACCCGGGCGCCGGGGGCCUGUACAAGCGCGGCUCGGUGCGCUCGCUCAGCACGUACUCGGCCGCCGCGCUGCAGUCCGACCUGGAGGACUCCCUGUACAAGGCGGCGGGCGGCGGCCCGCUCUACGGCGACGGCUACGGCUUCCGCCUGCCGCCCUCCUCGCCGCAGAAGUUGGCUGACGUGGCGGCGCCCCGAGGACCCCCGCCGCCGCACAGCCCCUACUCGGGGCCGCCCAGCCGCGGCUCGCCCGUGCGCCAGUCCUUCCGCAAAGACUCGGGCUCCUCCUCAGUCUUUGCCGAGAGUCCCGGAGGCAAGACCCGCAGCACCGGGGGCUCCUCGACCGCAGGAGCCCCGCCUCCCGAGCUCUUCCCUGGGCCUGGGGAGCGCCCUCUGGUUGGGUUCGGGCCACCUGUGCCGGCCAAGGACACAGAGACCAGGGAGCGCAUGGAGGCCAUGGAGAAGCAAAUCGCCAGCCUCACAGGCCUGGUGCAGAGUGCCCUACUUCGAGGCUCGGAGCCGGAGACCCCCAGUGAGAAGAUUGAAGGCUCCAAUGGAGCAGCCACCCCCUCAGCACCCUGCGGGUCAGGCGGCCGGAGCAGUGGGGCCACCCCAGUGUCCGGCCCUCCCCCUCCCUCUGCCGGUAGCACCCCUGCGGGGCAGCCCACUGCCAUCAGCCGUUUGCAGAUGCAGCUGUACCUGCGUGGCUUACAGAACAGCACCAGUGACCUGCGCAACCAGCUUCAGCAAUUGCGAAAGCUCCAGCUCCAGAACCAGGAGGCGCUGCGCGCGCUGCUGAAGGGCACGGAGGCGGAGCUGAGCAUGCGCGUGUCCGAGGCUGCGCGGCGCCAGGAGGACCCGCUGCAGCGGCAGCGCACCCUGGUGGAGGAGGAGCGGCUGCGCUACCUCAACGACGAGGAGCUCAUCACCCAGCAGCUCAAUGACCUGGAGAAGUCUGUGGAGAAGAUCCAGAGGGACGUGUCCCACAACCACCGGCUGGUGCCCGGGCCUGAGCUGGAGGAGAAGGCGCUGGUGCUGAAGCAGCUCGGGGAGACCUUGACUGAUCUCAAAGCUCACUUCCCAGGCCUGCAGAGCAAGAUGCGGGUUGUGCUACGUGUGGAGGUGGAGGCCGUGAAGUUUCUAAAGGAGGAGCCCCAGCGCCUGGAUGGGCUACUCAAGCGCUGCCGUGGGGUCACGGACACACUGGCCCAGAUCCGAAGGCAAGUGGAUGAGGGCGUGUGGCCACCCCCCAACAACCUUCUGAGUCAAUCCCCCAAGAAGGUGACAGCUGAGACUGACUUCAACAAGACCUUGGACUUCGAGAUCCCACCCCCCAGCCCUCCGAUGAACCUCCAUGAGCUGAGUGGGUCAGCCGAGGGGGCCCCUCCUCUUCCCAAGGGGGGCAACCCUACCAAAGGCCUGGAUGCUCCUGGCAAGAGAAAUGUGGACAAGGCUGUGUCUGUUGAGGCCGCUGAGCGAGACUGGGAGGAGAAGCGGGCAGCCCUGACCCAGUAUAGCGCCAAGGACAUCAAUCGGCUGCUGGAGGAGACACAGGCAGAGCUGCUGAAGGCCAUCCCUGACCUGGACUGUGCAAGCAAGGCCCACCCCGGUGUGGCCCCCACCCCUGAUCACAAGCCCCCCAAGCUUCCCCACGGGCAGAAGGCAGCUCCCCGAACAGAGCCCAGCGGGAGGAGAGGCUCAGAUGAGCUGACAGUGCCCCGAUACCGCACGGAGAAGCCUUCUAAGUCGCCCCCGCCACCCCCUCCUCGCCGGAGCUUCCCCUCCUCCCACGGCCUGACCACCACGCGCACUGGAGAGGUGGUAGUCACCAGCAAGAAGGACUCAGCCUUCAUCAAGAAGGCUGAGUCCGAGGAGCUGGAGGUGCAGAAGCCACAGGUGAAGCUGCGUCGGACCGUGUCGGAGGUGGCCCGCCCGGCCUCCACGCCACCCAUCAUGGCCUCGGCCAUCAAGGAUGAGGACGACGAGGACCGCAUCAUCGCAGAGCUGGAGAGCGGCGGUGGCAGCGUGCCACCCAUGAAAGUGGUGACUCCGGGGGCCUCUCGGUUGAAGGCGGCCCAGGGCCAGGUGGGCAGUCCGGACAAAGGCAAGCAUGGCAAGCAGAGGGCGGAGUACAUGAGGAUCCAGGCCCAGCAGCAGGCCACUAAACCAUCUAAAGAGAUGAGCGGGUCAAAUGAGACCUCGAGCCCCGUCUCAGAAAAGCCCUCGGCUUCCAGAACCUCCAUCCCUGUAUUGACUUCCUUUGGGGCAAGGAAUUCUUCCAUCUCCUUCUAGAAGCCCCCUCACACCUCCACCCCAGCCUGUCCCUCCCUUAUCCCUACCAUUUCUCCCCUGCUCUUCCCCUCAUCUGCAACCCCUGCCACCCCAUUCUCCAGAUCCCCCCCAGGGUUUGCCACAGUGCGGCCCUCCUCAGCUAUCUGCCAUCCCCUGUGGGUGUCUUUGGUUUAAAAAGUGAUUUGCUUUUAAUUAUCUUUUUUUUUAACAAAACAAAACAAAAAAAGCAAGACAGUAACAUUAAAAACCAAAACACACCACCUUCCCUUGCUUCCUGCUCCAGAAUGGCCCACUUUCUGUCAUGUCCCUCCCUUUUCUCUCGCCCCGCCCUGCCCCCCAUGUCCAUCCUGAAGUUCCGCCCCUCCCUUCCUGUCUUCCCACGACUUCUGAGGAGCUCUCCAAACAAACUCUGAGCCACGGAGACUUGGAGCCGCGGAGAGACCCUCUCCCCUUCCUCAGACACCUUCCUGGAGGAAAAUCUGGACAUUGAACCAACUCCAGUAUCAGGCUGGAAAACGGGGUGCAGGGAGAUGCCAGCCCUGGAGGUUCCCCACCCCUUCGACCUGAGGAUAUGAGCUAACUCUGCUCAGCCUGGAGCCGGCUCGGAUGGACUGGAGAGGGAAGCCAGAGUUGGGGCCGUGGGGUCUGUGUGUCCUGGGAGAGGAGCUGGCUUCCUGGGCCCGCCUUCCUGUGGUGAGGAGCCACCCAGGCAGGGCCCACCCGGGCAGGGGCCUUUGGGACUGCUGGCUGUGGGUGAUGGUUGAGCAGAAAGCUUGACACUGGGGACACUGCCUUGGGAGAGGGCAGCCCCAUGAGGGGCAUUUGGUACUUUUAGUUUCCUAAUUUAGCACUUUAAAUGACAUUAACUUAUUUAAUGGGGUGGGGUGGGCGAGA